AGAAAUUUUCCCAUAUGUCACUGCGCGCCACCCUUCCCAUUUCYUAUCGUCGUUGGGAUGAGGAUAUGUAGGGCAAAAGUGAUGUAGUAAAUGACUAAAAUACAGAUAGUGUGUUUGCUAAGAUGAAAACGAAGCAAAUCAGGAUGAAGUUCAAUAGAUGAUGAAGGAAACAUCAUUUAUACUAAGCUUUAUUUAAAAUGGCAAUGGCUAUGUGUUUGAACUUUCUGUAAUGCGACGAAGUGGAGAAUCGUCGCAAUACCAUGACGAAACUCCUCGUAGAAGAGUUCGUCGUCCUCAAUCACAAGACUUGGAAGGACUUCACAUAAAUGAAAUGAAAGGAAGAGCACAAGAAAUGGCCGAAAAUUCACCAACUUCUCCCUUUAAGGCUGGACCAUUUGUGUUGCCUCAAAGCCCAGGCUCAAUGCAAAAUCCAGUCAGUCCACACCGACUAUACCCUCAACACAAUCCACGUAGUCAGUCAACUGGUAUUCCUCCUUCACCCCACGGAUAUCCACAUUCUGCCAUUUCUCCUUCUCGAUACCCUCCAGGACCACCUAUUUAUAUGUCUGUUCCCUCUCCUAGUUCAGGAAUUUCUACUCCAUCAUGUGCAACACCAAGUAGUACGACUUCAAUACCAAGUCCAGAUUUCUUUGGUCCAGGUAUGGCUGAAGGCACCAUACCUAUGAGUCCAUCCAAGUCAGACCCAAGUUAUCCUAUACGGUCUCCAUCAUAUUACCAACCAGAUCACAAGCCUAUUUACUCRGAGAGUCCACAGUUUAACUAUCCACAAGGACCGUCGCCUGGCGGGACAAUACAUCAUCUUGGUUUUAAUCGMCCUGURCCUGGACAAACUGGUUUUCCAAGUCACCCCCCACCAAAUACAAUAACACCAAGAAUGACCUCUCCAAGUUCAACAGCCAAUCUUCAUCCAUCUCAAUCGCCUGUAUAUCGCACACCUCAAGGAGUGAAUCCUGAACAUUUGCCAGGAACUCCUUCUGGGAGGAAGUUUACCAAUCAGCCACCUGUAGGAAAACCACCAGAUUCCCCAGAAACUGCUAGAUUGCGUCAGCUAGUCAUAGAAUAUUACAACAACGAGAAAGAAAAUGUAAAAACAAAAUAUUAUGAGAAGUUACAGGAAUUGUUUUUUCUUCAAAAUGGAGGUAAUCUAAUGGAUAUUCUUAUUUGGAAAAGAAGACCAAAUCCACAGUUUACAAACUUUAUCAAUUCAAAUAAAUUAGAAGAUGGACUUGGGAACUUGAAUGCUACACCUACUAGUAAUCCAUCGUCAGGAACUGGUGGAAUAUGGCAGCAACAGGCUGUUGUAGAAGGAAAUCCUGAGUUUACAAAUGUACAAAGACCAGGAAAUGAGCAGGCAGGACCUGGUUUAGCAUCAAAUUCUAAUCCUUCAUAUUACCCAGAGGGUUUCCCWCCAAAUGUGUCACCUUUUACUGGAAACAAUCUGGGAAUAAAAUCUGGACAAAAUAUUCCACCAUUAUCGAGGUCGCUAUCAAUGCCCAAUCCUUCUGGCAUGAAUGUAAAUAGUGUCACAAGUGGAAAUCACAUYAAUCACCAAACUGGACACAAGACUAACUCUGUCGCUCGUUCAAAUAUUACUGGUUCUAAUCCUCCAGUAAGUCGCAGCAUAUCAGUAGGAGGUCAGUCUGUAACAAAUGGACCUUCCAAUCUAUCAAAUUCAUCAGUUAGAACUACUUCGGUUAACAAAAAUGCAUCAGUGUUAUCUGUGCUGGAUAAUUCWUUUGGUAGUCAUGAGGAAAUUGCCGUUGAGGCUAAGAAAGAAGCUGAAGUUUUAAAAAGGGUUGCAGAACUUCGAAAAGAAGGUCUGUGGUCUUCAAGGAGGCUACCAAAAGUUCAAGAAAUGUCUCGUAAAAAGGCCCAUUGGGAUUAUUUGCUGGAGGAAAUGCAGUGGUUGGCAACUGACUUUGCUCAAGAAAGAAGAUGGAAAAGAGGAGUUGCUAAAAAGUUGUCAAGAUCAGUUCUUAAACACCAUCAAGAACAAAGAAGCAAAGAAGUCAAGGCAGAGAAAGAAGAGACUGUAAGACUUAAGAGAAUUGCAAGCAGCAUCGCAAGAGAAGUCAAACAGUUUUGGGCCAAUGUUGAAAAGGUUGUCCAGUACAAAGUUCAAUCCAGACUGGAGGAGAAGCGUAAGAAGGCAUUAGAUGUCCAGCUUAAUUUCAUAGUUGAUCAAACCGAAAAGUACUCGUCCUGGUUAGCAGAGAGCUUGAAAAACCAGCCUGGUAGCAAUGAAGGUUCAACAGCACCAGCUUCUCCUGUUUCRUCUACUAAAGGUGAAGAUGAUGGCGACGAGGAGUUUGAGGGAAGUGACCAAAGUGAUGAAGAGGAAACCAUUCUAGAAGAAGAAGARCUAGARGAAAAGGACAAAGAAAAGGAAUUGGAAUUAUUACAGCAGGAUAAUGAAAUGACCUUAGAAGAACUUCUUGAGAAAUUACCCCCUGAAAUGUUACAAGCACCCAUGGGGAUUUGUUUUAGUAAUGAAAGCAAUGAAAGUGACAUUGAAGUUGACGUGGAAUCUAAAGACAAAGAGGAARAGAAACCCUUAGAUGUUCAGCCAACAAGCUCKAAAGAAGAAAAGAGUGAUGCAGAUGGAGACUUUGUGAUGACAGAGGAUGUUGAAGAUGAUGAGCAAACUUUGGAUGAACAAGAACAUGCUGAGGAAGAUGUCGAUCAUGACAAAGAGAUUGCUGAACUUGAAAAAGAAGGUGAUAUGCCUCUUGAUGAACUYAUGAAGCAAUAUGCAACUGGAGAUGACACCACAGAUUUCCCAUCUGAAGAAGAAAGUUCUGAAGAGUCCUCUGAAGAAGAGGAAGCUGAGGAGGAAAGUGGCAUGGAGUUUCUUGUUAGAAAAGAUGGCAGUUCUGAUGGUGCUGAAUCUGAUCCUGACCAAGAGUUGACUAGUGCUGCUGCUACUGCAGAAAGUCUACAGCCAACUGGGUUUACCUUAGAAACUGCACAUGGAUGGACUAAACCCAAUGCUUUCCAUGUCUGCAUCACAUCCUACAAACUGGUAAUACAAGAUCAUCAAGCAUUCAGAAGAAAGAAAUGGAAGUACUUUAUUUUAGAUGAGGCUCAAAACAUCAAGAACUUCAAAUCCCAGCGAUGGCAAUAUUUGUUAAACUUCAAUAGUCAAAGAAGRUUGCUUCUUACAGGAACUCCAUUGCAGAAUAGUCUGAUGGAGUUGUGGUCACUGAUGCAUUUUUURAUGCCUCACCUAUUCCAGUCGCAUAAAGAUUUCAAGGAAUGGUUCUCAAAUCCUCUUACAGGAAUGAUAGAAGGCAGCAGGGAAUACAAUGAAAACYUGGUCAAAAGACUUCACAAGGUUCUAAGACCUUUUUURCUAAGACGACUCAAGAGUGAAGUAGAGAAACAGAUGCCUCAAAAGUAUGAACAUGUAUACAGGUGUCGACUCUCAAAAAGACAGCGCUUUUUGUAYGAUGACUUCAUGUCUAGGACUAAGACUAAAGAGACUCUUGAAUCUGGACAUUUUCUCAGUGUCAUCAACAUUCUYAUGCAGUUGAGGAAGGUGUGCAAUCAUCCUGACCUGUUUGAACCACGCCCUACUGUUUCAUCACUUAAGCUACCAGAAAUAGUCUAUUAUACUUCAUCACUGAUCUUAARGGCUCUUGACAAAGACCCUUUCAAAGAAGCCAAUUUUGGUUAUCUAAACCUUUGUCUUGCUGAUAUUGAACUGACUGUGACUAGUUAUGCUGCUUAUAGAACUCACUCUCUACAAACACCAAAGCAGUUGAUAACAGAAAUUGAUAGUUUACCAGACAAAGYACCUUUACUUGUACCAGCAGCAAAGUCCAGGAAGACGCCAGGAAUUGUAACACCCCCAGGAGUUGCUUGUGACACCAACAAUGUGCAUCCCACUACAAUGCCCACAUAUCCAUCAAAUCAACAUCAGGAUCACCGUGCUUUUCCUGCCGUUGGUUCUCCUUAUGGUACUAUGAUGUGGUACCAGGAUGGUAUACCAUAUGGUCCUAGACCAGGCAGUAUACCACCAAUACCUGGCUUACAGCAGCCUAGGAUGGUAGCACCUGUUAGUACAUCAACUUCUCAUACCUACCAAACAAGACAAAGUGCAACCCAUUUUCCUUAUGGUCUACCAUCUAAAAUGAUGGCUCCACCACCACCCUACCCAGGACAUUCUGUGGCAGUAGCAUCRAACCAGUCAUUUGAUUCAACCAUUGGGUAUUUAGAACAAAGACCUCCUAUCCCUUCGCCUAGUAUUCAGAAGAGCUUAGGUGUUCCUCACUCGAGGGGUCUGGAUGCCGGCCAUCCAGAACCCAAACCUGUGCAGGUUUCACCUUCUAAGAAACUUGCUGUUGAAAAGAAACCAGUUCCACAAGCCACUUUGCCWCCCCAAGAGAAUAGAAAUUCACCUUUUUUCUUGCCUAAAUUAUCUGCAAAGCAAGCCCAGCAAAGAAAAGAAAAGUUGGCUUCUUUGGCUUUAGUGAAUAACCAGCAUUGUCGACGACAGCCUUUAUAUGGCAUGGAUUUGGUCCAGGCUGUAACAUUUGUCAAAGGACUCGGCAAGAGUACAGUUAACUGYCAAAGUAUUCAAGAUAUGAUAAGGAGUCAUGAACAAAGGAUAACAGARAUGAAUGCAGUUAUAAAUAGGUUUGUGUUCCAUAUACCACGAGCUACAUCACCUGGUGUCAAAAUGCACUGUUCUCAUCCACCUCCCCAUUGGACUAACAGACAUGAAUACCUAGAAAACAACUUGGCUAGGUCUUUAUUACCAAAGUUUGAUGUACUGCAUCCAAUCACUAGAGGAAUGAGUAUCCAGUUUCCAGAAGCAAGGCUCAUACAGUAUGACUGUGGAAAGCUACAAACUCUUGAUGUUCUUCUAAGACAGCUGAAAGUCGGGAAACAUCGACAAGUUUAAAGGAGUUGUUCACCAUUGAUGGUGCUGGUGGGUUUGAAGCUUCUCUUGUAGCCACACAAAAACAACCAAAGGCUGCUGUGGAAGUUGAGGAACAACAGCAACAGGCUCAACCUGAGGAAUCAAAGAAAGAAGAUAGUGAACAGAAGGGGAAGGUUUCACAAAACCUGUUUGAACAAGCUCUGCUGGAAGCUGAAGAUGAGCAAGAUGCUUGUGCUGCYACUAAAGCUAAAGCAGAAGAGGCUGCGGAACUGGCUGAAUUUGAUGAAGGAAUUCCUUACAAUGAUGAAGCAAGCAAGGAACGAGAAGAAGAAUCUUCAAGAGUGGAGCAGGAGCUAAUGGCACUUGAAUCCCAGCUAACUCCUGUUGAAAGAUAUGCUGUGCGAUUCUUUGAGAUGUCCGGUGCUUAUGUCACUCUAGAGCAAAUCAAAGAGCAGGAACAAGUUGAAUUGGCAAAGAAAGACUGGGAAAUGGAUCACAUUUUGGCUCUGAAAGAGGAGGAAGAAAAAAGAGCAGCUGAAGAUGAAGACGAGAUCUUUUUCACAUUUGCACACAGCGACUCCACACAGGUUUAUGUGAAUGAUAUAACAGGUGAAGAAAUGCAGAUCUGGACACCGCCGACACCACCAAGAGAAGACAAAGAUGAUGUUUAUAUGGAUUAUAGUGUCAUGCAUCUGUAUGAAACUGUUCCCAUGCCAGAAAACCAAUUACCACCACUGCACCUUACAAAGAGGUAUCACAGUGGCAAGAGGACAGUGUAUAGACUUGUGAAAUACUUCAGAGAUCAUUUACAUGGCCCUGCCAAGGAUCAAGUUCGUAGACCGGCRUCAGUAUUUGACAGGGUUGGSGUGGAUACAUUUGGCAGAAGAAGAAAAGACUCCAUUACAAAGAAGACAAAGAUUAAAAAUGUCAAACAGCCAUCUAUACCCAGCAUGAUGAAACAGACUGAUUAUUCUCAGGGAUCCAGCGUACCUGAAUGGCUUGUACAUGAAGACUGGGCACUACUGCAGGCUGUAAGUUCCCUGCAAGAGUUGCCAGUAGAUCUUACCAUUGGGGUUCCAAGUCAAAUUCCYAACUGGGAUAUUGUCAGUGACAUAGUUAAUCUCAAUAGUAGAAUGUAUCGGUCCCCAAGACAAUGCCGUGACCGUUAUGUCAACAUGGUCAUGCCAAGAGAAGAAGGAAAGGUUCCUAUGCCAACCCUUGAAGAUUCACUGAGAAAGCUGAAGACYAAAAUAAAGCCGUACACUCAACUAUCAACAACAACUCCUUAUCCUUUACAUCSAAAGAACAAGAGUGGGAGAACCUUCAGAACAUACCAACUGCUAUCCCAGGAUGCAGGUAGAUCGCCAACAGUGCUUCAUUCGUCCUUAUUUGACUUGGUCAAGAAGACAGCCAGCAAAAGGAAACCUACAGUUAAACAAAUGCUGACAGACUCACAGUCUAAGAACCACAAGCACUCUUCAGUGUUAUUGGCAAGUGGAAUCCCUGAAGAUAAAACACCUAAUCCAGUUCAGUUAGCAACAAUUAAAGCUGAAAGAAUUAACAGGGAAAAGGCUGCAGCGUUGCAGCAGCAGCAGCAGCAGCAACAACAGCAACAGCAACAAGCCACACAGGGAUCCCAGCAGUCGUCAGCACAGUCUCAAGGACAGGCUCAGAGUCAGCAGCAACAGCAGCAGUCUCAACAACAAAAGACUAACUUUGUYCAACAAACUGGUCAAGUUCCUGCACAAAACCAAGUUAUGACUGCACAAAAACUGACAACAACCACGCAGAUUGCCUCCUCUACAGAGGCUGCACCAAAGACUGUUUCAAACAUCCAAGGGACCACUGUUACUACUGGACUUCCUGGAAAAAGUAGUGUGCUAGCAAGUAAUUCUGGAACACCUAAUGCAACGAGCAUUAUCAUCAACACAGCUCCUGGGACAACCAACAGUCUUAGUUCUACAAGCUCACCUUUUGCUACCAUCAAUAAAAGAAUGCAAAGCCAAGUGACAUCUCUUGCACAAACAKCACUAACACAAAGAAGUAUGUCACCCACUGUCGUCAAUGCUGGUAGAGCAGCUGGCACUCUUGUUGGAGUUCAAGGGGCCACCGUCACACAAACACCUGCUACUACUGCUCUUGCUUCAGUAUCUUCUGCAGCRUUAGUUGCUCAGAUGGCAGCACGGCAGACAACAACUACGACAGUUGCCUCUGCAAGUCAUAAUCUUCCUAUUACUCAACAACAACUGGUCCAAGGGACAGCUAAAGCACUAACACCUCAGCAAUUAGCUGUGAUCRGCCGCCAGAGACAACUCACACCACAGGAACAACAGCAACUCAARAGAUACCAAAUUCUUCAAAAUCAAAGAAAAAUACAACUUCAGCAACAGCAGCAACAGGGACAGUCUACAAAGACAACUGUAGGCCUACCAACAACAACAGCUACCAUUGCAGGGAAGACUAUUCAAGUAACACCUCAACAACAGAAACAGAUACAAGCUGCAUUGCUACAGCAACAACAACAGCAGCAGCAACAACAAAGCACACCCACACAACCAACACAACUAACMCAACAACAAAUCCAGCAUAUCUUGAAGCAAAAGCAAUUCCAGAAACUUACUCCACAACAAAUUCAGCAGUUUCAGAAGCAGCAGCAACAAUUGCAGUUGGUCAAGCUCAAACAGCACCAGCAUCAACUGGCAUUGCAGAAGCAUCAAAAACAAUUGCAAGCACAGCAAACCACUGGYACUGCUGCUGUUUCUCAGGCUGCACAACGAAUUGCAGCAACAGCAACGUCGCAGGCAGCAACGUCGUCAAUAAAGCAAGGUAUCCAGACUACUCUUGUGCAGGGAACACCAGGUUUGCAAUCUACUGUUCAAAUGCUGGUGCAGCCACGUAAGCAGGUUAUGACUGCUGGUCAGGUGCAGAAACUGCAGCAGCAACAGCAAGCACAAGCACAAGCACAAGCAAGUCAAGGAACAGCACCRACMAUAACRACAGUGACUUCUCAAGGAGCAGGACAACCCUCRGUACCACAAGUUGUACAGCAAGUACAACAACAACAUCAAGUGCAACAGCAGCAGCAGCAACAUCAACAAGACAAUCAACAAGCACAACCUCCAUACACAAUGAGGCUUAGAAAUCCACCUAAACACUAGUAGUACAUGCUACACUGUAAAUAAUUCAAUAUUUUAUCACUGUAUUUUGGUGUAUAUUAUUUUGUCAUUUUAYAUCCUAAAACCUGGUUUGCAAUAGCAAUUACUAGAAAAUGRUAAAAAAAGUUCCAUUUCUUGUUUUUGCAUUUGCAUCUCUGAUGCUCGCAUUGGUCUUGCAAACCCAGUUACUGAAACACAUUAGUUAACUUCCUUUAUUUGUGAAAAGACAAUAGGUUUUUUUCUCUGUUAACUGUGAAAAAAUUCUAAGGCUAAUAGUGUGUUAGCAGUCUUUGAGAACCAACUUAUGCAUUUUACUUUAAAAGGCAGUUGAAAAUCACAAUUAAUAGUAGAGCGAGGUGAUUAAACCUUUUAAAACUUUGAAUAUUAUGGUAUGAUACAGAUAAGUACUAAACAUUGCAAUUAGAGCAUACCAAGGUUUAUUUUUUUUCAGUCCAGUCUCUUAGUCAUUUGCGCGCUGUAAUUGGCUAGCGCGUGGUCCGGUUUUUCACAAUCUGCCCAGUCCGAUGGUAUCCUGCAGCUAGUCUGCGAGCAAAGCUGCAUCAAAUACAAAUUAAAAAAAUAAAAAUGUUAWUUACGGGCUAUAGGUCAGUUCGUAUAGAAAAACUGYGCCCUCGGUCUUUUAUGAACAGACCUCGCUGCRCUYGUUCCGUAUUGUCAAGACCUUGGGCAGUGUUUUCCUAUAUGGAUCUCCCAGCCAGUAAAUAACAURUAUGUAUUAGUUUAACAUCUAUUUCACAGGAUUUUUUACUUCAGUCUUGAUAUAAUACUUCCAAUUUGAUACAUGUUUUCAACAUUUUACUAACUGAUUGCACAUUUAGUAGCUAGAAUAGCGUAAACUCAUUCAACCCAUUGAAACAAACUUUGACUAUUGAAGUGUCGUGGUCAAAUAGACAGAAAGAAGACAGCACUUCACUUUAACAAGUAUGUUAUACUAGAAUUUUCAGGCUGCAAGUAUAAUAAUUAUGUUGGAAUACCAUUUCUCUAAGUACUAUGUAUUUAGUAUGGUUUGUGGUUUUCCUGUAUAUAAUCAUUUUUGAACAAUAUUUUSUGUAUAUUAUUCAUUAUCUACUUUGGUUUUUUGCUUUGUUUUAAAAAUAAAACUUGCCAACAAAA